UUUCUUUAUCCUUUGAACCACAGAAACAUCUGGCUUUUCUUGGGUUUGACUGAAAGUUCCUAGAGUUUCUUAAGUAUCCGGUGCAGGCCUCUUUCUUGAUCUUGGGUUUGCCAUUUUCUUGAAAAAAGAGAUAGAGAUGAAGGAAAGCAGCUUGCAGAACCCUUUGCAUCUCACGUCUCUGAACCACAUUUCGCUCGUGUGUCGAUCGCUCGAGGAGUCCAUGAACUUUUAUCAGAACGUUCUUGGUUUCGUUCCCAUCAGGAGGCCCGGAUCGUUCGACUUUGACGGUGCAUGGCUUUUCGGACAUGGGAUUGGAAUGCAUCUGUUGCAAUCGGAGGAUCCGGAGAAAAUGCCCAAGAAAAGUGAGAUCAACCCCAAGGAUAAUCAUAUUUCCUUUCAGUGCGAGAGCAUGGAGGCCGUGGAGAAGAAGCUGAAGGAGAUGGGGAUGGAUUAUGUGCGGGCAGCCGUAGAGGAAGGUGGGAUCCAAGUGGAACAGCUCUUCUUCCACGACCCAGAUGGGUUCAUGAUUGAGAUCUGCAACUGUGAUAGCCUACCCGUGAUCCCUCUGGCUGGUGAGAUGGCGCGGUCAUGCUCUCGUGUUAACCUCCAGAUGUUGCAGCAGCAGCAGCAGCAGCAGAUCAAGCAGGUGGUCCAGCAGUAAUUGAGUUUUGUCCUUUCUUCUUCUUUUUUGUUGUUGUAUCACCGGUUUGUCUCAGAAUGACAACUCAAUUUGAUCAGUAAUGAAAGAUGGCAUUCUGAGUUUUGUGUCCAGUUCAUUCCCCCCUUGCUUGUCCACGUUUUUUAAUUUGUAAUGUAAAAAAGACUGUCCAGCAUUUUUUACCUAAAUAAGAUGGGACCUGUACAGAAUCUUUAUCUCUCA